AUGUCGGACGCGACCGCGUCGCGCGAGCGCGCGCCUUUGCUCGAACGCGACGUCGAGGCGACGACGACGCGCGCGAAGGAUGCGGACGAUGGGCUGGAGACGUCGACGAUGGUGACCACGGCGGCGCCCGCGAUCGCGUGUGGGCUGUGGUUCUACACGAACAUCGCGAAUAACAUCGCGCUGCAGGUGUAUCGGGACGCGAUCGGGUUCGGGGAGGCUGGGGACGACGCGCGGACGAAUGCGUGGAGGUUGGAGGCGUCGGCGACGACGACGUGCGCGCAGAUGGCGAUCGGGGUCGUCCUCGGGGUGUUGAUGAAAUUGAUCUUUCGAAGCGGACGUCCGUUGAGAGAGCUCUUGAGAGAGACGGACGGGGUCGUGGUCGGGGUCGGAGUGCUUCACGGGACUGGAGCGAUUCUCACAAAUUUGGGAUUCCUCUUCACCACGGCAGCCUUCGUGCAGAUAGUAAAGCUUAGCGAGCCGUUCAUGGUGCUCCUGUUCGAGGUGACGAUGAAGUGUUCGAAUAGAAUGCCGUUGAAUGUGAGCAUGGGGGCGAUUAUAGCGGUGUGUGUGGUGGUAUGGAGCGCGCUCGAUCUCGCGUUGCUCCAUCCCAUCGACGACAAAAAGGCGUCGGCGCUCGUGAUGCUCAUCAUCGCGAGUGUGGUCAUCACGUAUCGAAUAGUGUGGCAGAAGACGUCAAGAUUGAUGAACCUCAAGCGAGGCGCGUUAGGAGACGUCUUGGACGAGUACCUUUACAUGACCUUUUACGCCUUUUGGCUGGUGCUCGCCGUGGUCGGCGUCGCGUACGCUGUUGAUCGAGAUCAGUUCGUCGACGUGCCGAAGCUCGUCGAUAAUUUCCGAGUGGAUCUCGUGGUGUAUCAUCCGGUGUGGUACUACUUCUCACUGGCGACGCUCAGUUACGUGGCGCCCAUCACGCACGCGCUUCUCAACGUCAUCAAGCGCAUCGCCGGUUUGCUCUGUACCCUGGUCUUCUUCCAAGAGUCCGUCACCUCACGCGCGUGGGUCGGAAUCAUCGGCGCUCUCAUCGGAGGUGUGUGGUACUCCCUCGAAAAGCACGCCGCGUCCCAUCCGGACGCCUCGUUCUUCUCCGUGGCGUUGUUUCGAUGCUUCGGGCCGCCCACUGUCGCCUAG